CCUUUCCUGGGAGGAGAAGCGCGGGUUCCUGGCUCUCCACGCGCACUGCUUUAAUCAGACCCGUGCAGCCUCGAGCUGGAGUGGCCAGCUGGGCCUGGAGCAAUGCGAGCGGGCCCCAGGGAGCGGCGGCGGCGGCGGCGCGGCGGCCCAGUGAAGGAGCCCCGGCCGGGAAGUGUGGACGCAUCUCUCCCGAGGCCCGGCCGCCUCUCCCGCUCUAGUCCGGCGGAGCCGGAGCUCCUCGGGCCAAUCCCCGGUGAUUAUGCAAGACGGCGGACCAAUCAGCUCCGGCAGCUCAUGAAUAUUUAUGACCUUGGCUGAGUCAAAGCUUUGAACCGAGUUUGGGGAGCUCGGCAGGAUCAUGCUUAGACUUUUCAAAGAGACAAACUCCAUUUUCUUAUGAAUGGAAAGUGAAAACCCCUGUUCCUCUUAAAUUGGGUUCCUUCCUGUCCUGAGAAACGUAGAGACCCCCAAAAGGGAAGCAGAGGAGAGAAAGACCCACACCCAGACCCCGCGAGAAGAGAUGACCAUGACCACCAUGCCAGAAAGUCUCAACAGCCCCGUGUCGGGCAAGGCGGUCUUUAUGGAGUUUGGGCCGCCCAACCAGCAGAUGUCUCCUUCUCCCAUGUCCCACGGGCACUACUCCAUGCACUGUUUACACUCGGCGGGCCACUCGCAGCCCGACGGCGCCUACAGCUCGGCCUCGUCCUUCUCCCGACCGCUGGGCUACCCCUACGUCAACUCGGUCAGCAGCCACGCGUCCAGCCCCUACAUCAGUUCGGUGCAGUCUUACCCCGGCAGCGCCAGCCUCGCCCAGAGCCGCCUGGAGGACCCAGGGGCCGACUCGGAGAAGAGCACGGUGGUGGAAGGCGGAGAAGUGCGCUUCAAUGGCAAGGGGAAAAAGAUCCGCAAACCCAGGACGAUUUACUCCAGUUUGCAGUUGCAGGCUUUGAACCGGAGGUUCCAGCAAACUCAGUACCUGGCUCUGCCCGAGAGGGCGGAGCUCGCCGCCUCCUUGGGACUCACGCAAACACAGGUCAAGAUCUGGUUCCAGAACAAGCGCUCCAAGUUCAAGAAGCUGAUGAAGCAGGGCGGGGCAGCUUUGGAGAGCAGCGCGCUGGCCAACGGCCGGGCGCUGUCUGCCGGCUCUCCGCCCGUACCGCCCGGCUGGAACCCUAACUCCUCAUCCGGGAAGGGCUCGGGCGGCAGCGCGGGCUCCUACAUCCCCAGCUACACGUCGUGGUACCCCUCGGCACACCAAGAAGCCAUGCAGCAGCCCCAGCUCAUGUGAGCCUGCCCGCCUGCGCCCGCCCGCCUCCCUCUCGUCUCCUCCGGCCUGGGCCCCUCCCGCCUCCAGGUCGGUCCACCCUCGUCCACGCGUGCCCUGUGCCUGGAGGAGAAGGGCCUCAGAGAGAAAAGAAGGAACAAAGAAGGCAGAGCGGCCGCCGCCGCCUCGGAGCCCCCGCGGUGCAGCCCAGCGACUCCCCAGAGCCCGUGCGCUUCCGCCCGAACCCCGGACAUGGGCCUCACGCGGACGGCCGCGAGUGGCCUCGGAGCGCAAGCUCAGCCACCGAGAGACGCAAGACAGACCUGCUGGACCCGACCCGCCGACCCUCAGCUUCGCGGGACCGUCAGGAAAAAGGAAACAACAAAAACAUCACAAUGUAGAAACAGCAAACGCUCUUUUCUGUCCUGUGUCAUCUCCUCUCGCUGUCUGUGCGCCGACGACGUCCAGGUCCUCGCCAGUCCGCUGUCCCGGUUCUGCGGCCUCUGCAGUCGGUGGAUCCACGCGGCACGCCGUCUGCCUGGCCGCCCGCCUCCGGAUUCUGGCACGUUUUGUCCUCUCGGGCCUUCUCCUAGGCCCCGCCUGGCCACCUGUGUAGCUUGUUUGGGAACUGGGGGAAACUGGAGGGAGGGGGUUUUAUUUAUUGAGAAAUGGACUCCGCCUGAGGCUGACGGGCAAUUCGCGGUUCCGGGGCGCCCGCGGAGCGCGCUGUCCAGACGCACUGUUUACUUGAAACGCACCCAGAAACAACGAACAAAGAAGGCGUGAUUUUUAACUUAUACAGUAACUUUUGUACUUUGCGGGUAUGGAGAGGUUGGAGCCAGAUAAUUUGCGUUUUCUACAUGUCCCAUAUUAUUAAAGACUAAAAAAAAAAAAAAUCAGUGAAGCCAACGUAAUUUUGUCAUCUCCGGAGAAA